AUGCGCCGCUUCGAAGAGGUGCGCACGCUACUUCUUCGCAUGGCACUUCGCAGCAUGGACACCAACCAGAGCGCGAUGUAUGAGGAGGUCAACAAUGCCUACUACCUGGACGACCUGGACACCAACAGCUGGAGCACUGUGACGGAAAGCUCAUGGCAUGAUGACUGGAAUGCAUACUACAACCAGGACGAGCUCUACUCUUGGUACGAGGACCCCAACGAGCACUACGAGCACUAUGAGGAGGAAUGGCCUGAACAAUGGAACUACGAUGCCGGCUACGAUGAGGAGCCUACUGAACAAGCUGAAGAAGAACCUUCCGAUGCAGCCCACAACAACACAAAUGACGAGACCUACUACAAGGGAAAAGGAAAGUCCCGAUCCACAACGAUGGGACUGGGCUGUUCACUCUGUGGUUCAAAAUGGCACAACACUCACAGCUGCCCUCUGAGCGAGCCGAAGGGCAAAGGUUCCAACAAAGGCUACAACAAGAUUAAGGGCAAGGGCUACAACAAAGGCUUCGGAAAGUCUCCAUACCGCAAAGGCUUUGGGAAGUCAAAAGGAUACGGCAAGAAGGGCAAGUAUCCCAUGAAGAAGGGCUUCGGCAAGAAAGGAGGAUUUUGGAGUGAAGAGCUUCCACAAAACUUCACUGACUACUACGGUGGAUCCUAUCUCAUGAACUUCAAGGACGAGAUCCCUCAAAAGAGCAGUUCAUCGACCUCUACAACAAAAACACUGGUGGCCAUGGACUCACCUGAGAAGGAAGAGCUGCUCACGGGAAAGAAAGUGAGAUUUGAGGAACAUCCACCUGGUGAUCAGGAAGAUGAGAAGCCUGCCGAGAAAACCUCCAAGCGCCUGAACUUCCCCGAGGUGGAGACUUCCAAUGCCGACAACUACCACAUGGUGAGAGGAGACCGCAUUUGCGGUUUGCUGGUGGAUCCUGGUGCUGCCAGUGGACUCAUUGGCACAGAUACCCUUCGAGAACUUCUGGAUGCUGGCAUGGUUCCUCACGACAGAGCCAGCGAAGUGAUAUGGGGACCAAGCACCACCAAGGUCACCGGCAUCAGUGGUCAAAGUGAUGACACCCUUGCCAGAGUCAGCCUGCCGUUUGUCAUGCCUGAUGGAGAUGAACAUGGAGUUCCGGGCAACUACUCCGCCGACUUGAUCGGAGGACAUGGAAGCACUUGCCCUGCACUUCUACCAAACACCAGCCUGAGGCAGAUGAGAUCGGCAGUGCUUACCCAAUGGUAUGACAACGGAGAUGGCAUACUUGUGUGCUCUACGAACAAACUCCGUCCUGACCAACCUGGAGCCAAUCUGGUGAUCCUGCGCCUGCUGCUCACUGAAUCUGGCCACUACGUGUUGCCCGUUCAGAAGGACUUGGCCAUUGCAACCAUCACCGACAAUGAGAAGGAGCAGAUCAGGCGACUAUGGACUGGACAACAUCAACAUCAGCCCUACCAAGCGACGACACUGGAGCAGACUGACGUUCAGACCGAACACAAGCACACCGGUAACAACCAUGACAAGGAUGCCGAGAAGUUGCAGUUCAAGUCUGAUGCAGACCUGAUUCAGAACGACUCCAAAGACCUCAUUCAGUGCGACAACCAUGAGAAGCCUGCUGUUGAUGUGGCUGAUGAUGAACCACCGACCCAGGUCCUGAUGGGAAACGACUUCAACAUGGAAUACGACGAUGCUGUCUGCGAAUACGUAGGAGAUACCUUCCCAGGGCACUUGCCAGAAGGCAAACUACGUUACUUGCAGAAGAUGUACAAGGCAGUGCCCGAGGAGCUUUACUCCAAGACGAAGAAGACCCCUGUGACACCUCGCAAUGCCAGAUCUUGGAUGAAGAAACGCAAAGGCAGCAAGUUCCACUUCUGGGAAUGGUGCAGCGGCUCUGGAAGACUGAGCCUCAUGGCGCUUCUUUCUGGACUUUGCGUUCUCUUUCCCAUUGACUACAGGUACGGCUGGGAUCUAUCUCAUCCAGAACAUCAACUCAUCAUCUUGGAGAUUGAGCAGGACACCUGUGGCGGCCCCGAUGUUCUGAUGGCAACCCCUUCAUGCCGACCAUGGUCAAUUUCAUCCACAAGAAGAGAUCUGGCGCAGACACAACAAGAGCGAGAAGCUGAACUACCAACCAUCAACUACAUCAAAGGCAAGUUCAAGAAAAGGUGCAAAGACAAGAAGGGGAACAUCCUGGAGCAACCUUGGAGUUCUGCACUCUGGGAACACCUUCAAGACCUACCUGGAGAAGUUCAACGCACCGAUCAAUGCCGCUUCAAAGCACAGGAUGAGAUAGGGAAUCCAAUCCUGAAGCCGACAGGACUCUACUCCGACUUCCAUCUACGUCAUUGCAUUGCCCGUUGUGCUGGACAUCAAGGACGACGUCAUGGAUGGCUUCAAGGACAAGAUCCACGUGAGAAAAAAAGACUUGAGAAGGAGCAACAGGAGAAGGACGACAUCUUCGAGACCUUCAGACGUGAAUCGCUGAAGAACCCCAAGGUGAUGCAAGGACGUCUCUCUGCACACCCUAGCUUCUCCUUCAACAGCGAGCAAACAGCUGUGCUGAAGAUGGCUCUCAUCAAACUUCUUUCAGAAAGCGUGGAUGAGUUCGAAGGCUACGACAAGCGCAAGCACGACCACAACUACGUGCAUUGGCUCCAAGACCCAACAGCUCUCAGCUGGCUCAAGAACAUCCUCAAGGAGUACAUGAUUGUGGAAGGAGCCAUGGCCUGCCUUCAACCUUGGUCUACACCAACUCCCAAUCCACAGAUGACGGUGGAAGAAGCACCACUACGACUGCUACUACGAGGCACUGUGGAGAGUUGGAAGAUGGAUCAAAUUGAAGAUCUACGAGAACUCAGUUUGAGCCAAUGGAACCCUUCAGUCAACUUGGAAGAAGACUGGAUGGCGGCCAUUUUCGGAAAAGAUGCUGAAGAACAACCUACAACAUCCUCUACCUCUUCAAGAUCCAAACAGCCACGAGACGAUGAUGUGGAGUCUCAAGGCUAUGACCCUUCCAUUGGCAACGAACUUGAAGUUCUACAACCACCUGCAAUGGAAGUUGAAGAAGCUGAUCAACCAGCUCAGAAUCCUGGCUCUCUCAAGCCUAUCUUCGACUUCAGAAGAGUCUUCACUCGAUUGCCCAAACUUGCAGGAAAAGACGAUGUCACAGCAAAGCGACUGAUUCUUGGACUUCAUGAACGGCUGUGGCAUGCGCCCUAUCAAGACAUCAAGAACAUCCUGGUGAGAUGCGGAAUGCCCUAUGAUGUCUGGAAGCUUGCAAGUGAUGCAAUCUCUUCAUGCAGGAUUUGCAGGAAGUUUGCAAGAGCUGGAAGAAGACCACAACACCGUGGAACAGAUCUUGCUCUCCAUUUCAAUGAGGUCGUGCAGGUGGAUUUGUUCAACUAUGGCGACCAGCAGUUCAUCAUCAUCAGUGACGAGGCCACGAGAUACAAGAUCGCGACCCAACUUCGUCACAUCCUGGCCGCCAUAAUGAAAAGCUGGAUCAGAUACUUUGGUCCAAUGAGGACACUUGUCUCGGACCAAGAAACUUCACUCAUGACGAUCCAUGCUGGAGUUGAACUACAACGCCUUGGAAUUGGACGGCGACCUGGAGGCACGACUUCUGGAGUACAAGGUCAGAAACAUACGACCACGGGAUUGGUGGAGAAGCACAUCGACCUGAUCAAGCUGACGAUGGCGAAACUUCAAGCUGAAGCUGGCCGCUGGGAACUUGAGAUAGAAGGUGAAGAACUUGCCAGCGAAGCCAGCAUGGCUGCCAACACAACGCACUGCAUUGGUGGCUACUCUCCUGUGACAAUGCUGUUUGGCAUUUUGCCCAGAGGCUUUCUUGACCCUGAAGAAGCAUCGCCAUCCGACGGAGUUGAACCUGAUGAAUCAGCUUUUGAACGUCGAGACCUCAACAACUGGAGCUUGGGAAGUUUGGUGGCUGGGACAUCGAAGGUGGAGAUCUUUCGUGACGAUGGUGGAGGCUAUGGAUGGAGAGGACCAGCCACGGUGCUCAAGAUCAACGACCAUGGAACAGCCAUCGUGGAAUUUCAAGGUAGACCCUACCUCAUUGGCCUUCGACACCUUCGACCUCUACGAGAAAGCUACCUCCAACUUCUCAGCACUACCUCCACUUCAACCUCUCUUGACGCUGAGCAAGCUCUUGCAAGGAUGAAGAAACUGGUGGAACAAUGCACGCCAUACAGACCCUACACCAUGGGAGAGAUCUUGAAGAAGGACGCAAGAACCUUUCUGGGCUACCACUACAACCAUGUGACCUUCCACGGGAUCCGAUAUGGACGAGGAAUGAAGCUCAUCAUGGUCCCAAAGUUCUCCAAAGGAACAUUGGUUACCUGGUCUGAAGGGCUCACUGGAAUUGCAGUGGUGGAGCACAACUCAGAUGCUCACAUCCAUGUCAAGGAGCUCUACAACAAGGACAUUGACAAGCUGUGCCACCUCUACAUGUAUGGUUACGUGGAGAUCCACGGGGAAGAAGCCAAAUGGCCCAUUCAGAUCUCUCGACGUUCCAGACCUACAACGAUGGACCAGAUGGAAGACGACCCUAUGUCAACUUCUUCACCCAUGAACGAGUCCAUCAAAGAGGAAGGCAACAAUAAAAGAAAGGAUCCUGAAAGCAGAGUGGACGAAGACACAGACGUCCUGGAUGAACAACAAGUCUUGGAGCACUGGCCUCACUUUGAAGAAAGUGACCGCCUGGAGAUCAAGCAGUUCAUCGAUGAGAAAGUGUUCAAGAAGGUGAAGAUCAGCGAACUUCCUGAAGAAGUUGCGCUUGUGGAUGCAGUUUGGGUGCGCAAGUACAAGCGCACGGCCGACAAGUCUCUCAAGGCAAAGAGCCGCCUUUGUGCCAGAGGACUCUUGGAUCCUCAAAAGCGAGAACUUCCAACGAGGAGCACUACGGCUACGAGAUUGUCUCAACGCUUGGUGCUGAGUAUGGCUGCCUGCCAUCGCUUCGACAUCAGAUCCUGGGAUGUGUCAGGAGCCUUCCUCAAAGGAUUUUCAUUUGCGAAAGUUCGAGAAGUUCUUCGACGCAAAGGAGUGGCCACGCCAAACAGAAGAGUGGUGAUCAUACCUCCUCCAAAUGUUUGGAGACACCUUGGAAGCUUCGAUGAAUUUUUCCACAUCACUGACGAUGAGCAGGGCAUGUGGGGAUUGGAAUGCCUUAUGGACUUGUGGACGCCCCAUUGGCUUGGCAACUUUGUUUGCACGAUGCUCUGGAAACUUCAGGAAGAUCACAGUCAUCUUUGGAUGAGAAUCUGUGGCUUUGGAAAAACCCAACUGGACUUACUGCCUUGA